GCUGCCAGGUGGUGGUCUCAAUUAUGGGAACGGAACUGGCAAUCCUUCUCCUGGUGGGGCUCCUCCGCUUCCAACUAACAGACACCUGCUCUGCUGCAAAUGAAGACCUGUCCUCCCUCUUGAAGGGUAUCACGCGAGGCUACGAGAAGAGAUUCCGGCCCGUCAAGGACUGGCGCUCUCCGGUCACCGUCUACCUGGACUUGGCCCUGCACUCCAUCAUCGAUCUGCAGGACAAGGAGGAGAAGGUCUCCCUGCAGCUCUUCUUCACUGAGAGAUGGCAGGAUGAGAACCUGGUGUGGGACCCCCCUCGGUGCGACGACCUGACUCACUUCACAUUGCCGGCUGCCAGCGUCUGGACCCCAGACAUCUCACUUAGCGAGCUGGUAGGUGAAGAGAACACUGAGCCAGCCUCAUACAUCUCUGUGGGGCCGGCAGGAUGGCUGCAGCGCGUCAGGCAGCUCGUGGUGGUGGUCCGUUGUAACCUGGCCAUGUUUAAGUUUCCUUUUGAUGUCCAAAGAUGUAAUCUCACCUUCAGGCCAAACCUCCAUGCUGCGGAAGAUGUGCGUCUCGUCCCUGAGAGCCGAGCGUCAAUGCCGUUCCACGAGAGCCCCACGUACACGAGUCACGGCCAGUGGCAGCUGCAGUCUCUGCUCAAUUACAGUUUCAGCGAGAAGCUCUACAACAGGACGUACUCCAUGGUCGCCUUUGAGGUGACCAUGGCCCGCUGCCCCACAUUCUACGUGAUCCACCUGAUUGUGCCAAGCGCCUUUGUGAUGCUCAUCGAUGUUUUCGGGUUCGCCAUUCCUGCGGACACCGGAGAACGAGUCUCCUUCAAAAUAACCCUCCUCUUCGGAUACACGGUCUUCCUGGUCCUGGUCAACGAUCUCCUGCCGCCAUUUCGAGAUGCCACUCCGGUGCUGGGUAUCUACUUCGUGGUUUGCAUGGCCUUCCUGGUGCUCAGCGUAGCUCAGUCCGUACUGCUGUUGGCUCUCGUGCGGCCGGACAUCCAACACAAAGCCCCGCCCCUACCCUGCCUAAGUCUCCGCCUCUUUCCUGAUUGGAAGGCAAAGUGGACCCUGAGAACAGAGGACAGGCACGCAAAUGCAUAUUUAGGAACAAGAAGUCUGCACAGAUAUCUGGAAGCUGCCUUCGAGAAAAAGAGAGGGAAUCCCGAGGGGGAAAGCCGACUGCUCGGAGCACUCAAGGACCUGGAAGCGGAGGUGCGAGAGGUCAGCGGUGAGCUGCAGGACCUGCUGCGCAGGAGUGAGAUGCGCCGAAUGUGUCAGGAGCUCCUCGGGACCCUGGACGCCGCGUGCUUCUGCGCCUACCUCGUCCUCCUCGCGCUCUUCUUCCUGGCGCUCUCCAUCCUCUGGGGGACCGACCAGUGACACUCCAGUCAACCCCCGGUCCUGGGGCAGGAGCUCGGAGACUUUGAAUAACACUCUAAACUAGGGUUACCACUUUUAAUGCAAAAAAAUAAGGGACGCAUACUGCAGCGGGGGCCACAUCCCUUGGGGGCCAAGCGCAAUUUCAUUCUCAAAUACGGGACGAUUCCGUAUUUUAAAGGACGGGUGGCAACCCUACUCUAAACACCCGUUUUUGUAAUGGUUAUUGAACAGCAAAAUUAUCAGUGUUACAUCUUACUGAAAUAAUUAUACAAGCCGCGUUUCUAUAUACACUUCAUUUAAAGUGUUAUUGUAACUAUUUUACUGCGUAUAAAUACUAUUAAGGCAAAAGACCUUUGACAGCCAGCCCCCACCCGAGACGAUAAGCAGUUACAAUAAAAUAUGCGCGUCUUUUCAGAGCCAGUCUGCAAGAACAGAGCAGAGGAGAGGCGCGUUCUGGGAAGAGGCGUCUGCGCAGACUCUGCGGGCGAGCUGCACGACACCCGAAACGACAGAGGAAGCCGCCUGUCUGCACGGAGAUGACGGAGGGGGGCGCUAAGAGAAAGACAUUUGGACUCCAGUAUCCCACUAGGCGAUGUUUACAUCCGUCGAAAAUGGCCGUGAUUAUCUACCUACCUGUUGUAUAGUGCGUUUCGUUUCUGUAGAUCUGCAGUACUGAAUAUCCAUGGGCCCACCUUUAUGUCAUGCAGUGCCUUUCACAUUUGUCUGUCACUAGUCACUCCUUAGCUAUGUUUAUAUCGCUCGUCUCAUCUAUCGGUCUAUCAUCACUUGUUAGUGACGUGUAUAGCGCCUUUAACAUCUGCUGUAUGUGUCUUCCCUAACUCUAACACAGUACCUUUCAUAUCUAUCAGUCUUUUUAUUUAUUGUGACUUUCGAAUAUAUUAAUCAUAUCGUGUCUUUCAUCCUAUUUAUUAAUCCAUUAUAAAGUCCCUUUCAUUUCUGUAUAUCUACAGCACAUCCAUCUGGCCGUCUGUUUGUUAUAUAGUGCCUGUCACUAUUUGGCUAUGUUUAUAUUGCCCAUCUUAUCUGUCUGUCUAAUGCCUUUAAUAUGUAUCUAUCAGUCAUAUAGUGCCUUUAACAUCAAUUAAUCUUAUUUAUUUAGUUUAUCUAACUCUAACGUAGUGCCUUUCAUAUCUAUCGUCCUGUUUUAUAGCGUCUUUCAUAACAGUCGAGUGGCUUUCAUUUCUACACAGUAUUUCCAUCUAUCCGUCACUUUCUUGUAUAGUGCCUUUCACGUCAGUCCAUCAUUAAUCAAACCUUAGUGAUGUUUUUUAUGUCGUGUCUUAUCAUUCAUCGCCUGUUCAAAAUGUUUAUAGUGCCUUUCACAUCUGUCUGUCUCUCAAUCACUCAUCACCUGUUAGCUAUAAUGCCUUUUACAUCUGUUUAUCAAUCAAUCACCUGUUAGCUAGGUAUAUAGUGCCUUUCAGAUUUAUUUUCUAUUAGGGUUCCCUGUCUCUGACACAGUACUAUUUAUAUCUAUGAACCUUUUGUUUAUAGUGCCUUUUCAUAUCUAUCUAAAUCUUAGAUAAUGUCUUCAAUUUAUCUACUUCACAGGGGCAGAUCUACUAUGAAACUAAUAAAACUUGAGCUUCUGGGCCCCAGCAGUGACUUUAGUCCACUUUGCCUAAAAAGUCUGUGAUCUACUAUAGGAUAUUUUAUAUAUACCUAUAUAAUAUUAAAUAAUAUGCUACUUGUGUACUAAAUGGAUGGCAGUUCCUAACCCUAAGCCCAACCCCAACCACAAAUACUAACCUUGAAGUUAGUGGGGUUGGAGCUUAGUUACUUAUGGGUGUCUAAUGUUAAAAAUGAAAAUCCGAUUUGCGUCACGAUAAUAGAAGAGGGUACGUUUACUACACAAACACCAAUAAGAUUAUUACUAUAUUGUAUCCAUCCAUUUUCCAACCCGCUGAAUCCGAACGCAGGGUCACGGGGGUCUGCUGGAGCCAAUCCCAGCCA